AUGGCGUCCUCCUCGAAACGGCCCCUUGCCACCUAUGGCAAAGAAGCCCCUCCCACCAAAAAGCCCAAAUUCUCCCUCCGCAACCCCUCCGCCCUCGCCGAAGAACAAGAUGAUGAAGACGACGAAGCCAACGCCGAGCUCGAAGCGGACGUCGUGGGCACCAAUCGGCCACACCUUAAGCGCAACGCCGUGAACAUCGACGGCUUCGACAGCGACUCCGGCGACGAAGCAGCCUUUGACGAGCGAGCCGAUGCGCGGGCUAAAGCAGAGAAGCAGGCGCGGAAGAGCAAGGCCGAGGAGGAUGCAGAUAUGUUCGCUGACCUUGAGGAGGACUUUGCGGAUGACUCGGAUGGUGAUGCGGCGAGCAAGCGCAAGAAGAAAGACGUCCGCUUCCUUGACGGCGAUCAGAUCGAGGGCCAGGUGAAGCAGAGCACCGGCGGCGGGCAUGUAGGCUCGCGUCUGCACCUGACUGACGAGGAAGCUCGGUACAUGGACAAGCAUGGCGUUCUACCUGCUUCCGCUAAACUUAACGACGCCGACGGCGACGGCUCUUCAGAUGAAAGCGAGGUAGAUGACGAGCGUCGUGCCGCUCUGGACGAGGAGAUCGACGAAGAGCUCGGCGCUGGCGCCAAAACGCGGCAUGCACCAAAACUCGACGCGUUCAAUAUGCGUGACGAAAAUCAAGAGGGCGCAUUUGACGAGAGCGGCAACUUCGUACGUAAAGCCGCCGAUAAGGACGCGGUGCACGAUCGCUGGCUGGAGGGCACGUCCAAGAAGGACAUGAAGCGGGCGGCGGAGGCGCAUGAGAAACGGGAAGAAGAGAGGCGUAGGCGAGACCGGGAGGACGAUCAGCGGUCGCCGGCGGAUGUGCUCGGGAGUCUGAUUGGGAGAAUGGAGGUUGGAGAGACUGUACUGGAGGCGCUGGCUCGGCUGGGAAGGUCAAAGACUAAAUCGAAAGCGAAGAAGCAGUCGAAGUGGCAGAAAAGGCAGCAAGCCUCCCACGACGAUGACAACAACGGCGAGGCGAAUGGCCACCACGACGAAAACGAUGCAAAAGCAGAAGAAGCCGAAACGCGUCGCAAGUCUGAUGUCGAGGCCCUCACCGCCGCCGCGGAUUUAAUGCUUACCCGUGGCAUGACCGAUAUCUACGAUACCGAGCGCGAAAUGCUGAUGCGGCAGUACCAGCGAGAGAAUGGUGGGCAGGCGUGGCGGGAUCCUGAGCCCGCGCAUGAGGAGGAAGCUAAUGGCAAGGGCGGGAAUGAGGCGACCGCAACGAAGAUGUGGGAAUAUCGAUGGACGGAUGCGCGAGAUGGCGGGCACAUCAACGGCCCUUACGAUGGUGGGACGAUGCGGCAGUGGAACGAGGCGGGCUAUUUCAAUGGGGCUAUCGAGUUUCGACCCGCCGGAGGCAGUACGUGGAGUGCAGCCGCUGGUUUUGUGUAG